GCUGGGCUGCUGCGGUGGCUACAGGGCCGUUGGGGAGGGGCCAGUCGGAAAGGGAGAAGGCGCAGUGACGAGAGAGCUGAGGGUGCUGCUGAGGCGAAGAUGGCAGAGGGGCCGGAGGAGGCCCGAGGCCGCCCUCCUGGGCAGGAUGAUGGCGGAGGGGACCAUGAACUAGUCCCAUCCUUCAGAGGCCCUCCUUCUGCCGCCACCCCACACCCCCAGGACGGACCGCAGGCCGAACCUCAGGCCCCGGGCCUCCAGCCUUCUGCGGCGGCCCCAGAGGGGUCAGAGCCACAGCGCGAGGAGGCGGCGUCCGACUGCGGCACGGGGCUGCAAGAGGUGGCGGGCUGCGAGGCGCCCGAGUCGGCGUCGCCGCCAGAGAAGCCGGCGCGGCUGAGCGCUCGGGAGUACUCCCGGCAGGUGCACGAAUGGCUGUGGCAGUCUUACUGCGGCUACCUUACCUGGCACAGCUGCCUGGCCGCCUUCCCAGCCUACUGCAGCCCGCAGCCGCCCCCACCGCCACCCAGCUACCCCUCUGGCAGCGGGGCCACCCCCCAGGCCGCGGCGCCGCCGCCCCUCCACCUGGGCUAUUACAACCCCUUCUACUUCCUGAGCGCCGCCACAGCCGGGCCUGACGCGGGGGCGGCUCCCGCCUUCAGCACUCCCGCUCCAGUCGCGGGCCCGGGACCCCGGGCUCCUCCUGUUCAAGGGUCCAUCCGGACAACCCCAGCAACGAGGGUAGGAUCCGCCGCCCCUUCGCGAACUCCGAGCGAGACCGGGCGCCAGGCAGGCAGAGAGUAUGUUAUUCCAUCCUUGGCCCACAGAUUUAUGGCAGAGAUGGUGGAUUUCUUUAUUCUCUUUUUUAUAAAAGCAACCAUUGUCUUAAGCAUUAUGCACCUCAGUGGAAUAAAGGAUAUCUCUAAGUUUGCUAUGCAUUAUAUAAUAGAAGAAAUAGAUGAAGACACAUCAAUGGAAGACUUGCAGAAAAUGAUGGUUGUGGCUCUUAUAUACAGAUUAUUAGUUUGUUUCUACGAGAUAAUCUGCAUUUGGGGAGCAGGCGGAGCUACCCCAGGGAAGUUCCUGCUGGGGCUUCGAGUUGUGACAUGUGAUACAUCAGUGCUUAUUGCACCAAGUCGGGUUUUAGUGAUUCCUUCCUCAAAUGUUAGCAUUACAACGUCCACUAUACGAGCUUUGAUCAAGAAUUUUUCUAUUGCUUCCUUUUUCCCGGCUUUCAUCACACUGCUCUUUUUCCAGCAUAAUCGAACAGCUUAUGACAUUGUAGCAGGAACCAUUGUGGUAAAAAGAAAUGGGGUCAGAUGAUGCCCACAAAAGCCCUGAAUUCCAUACUCUCUGGAAUAAUGACAAAACUAAAUUAUGUAUCAAGGCCACCAGUAUCCCUGGGCUCCAUUAAUUGGUAAUUUAUAAAUUAAAGCAGUCACUACAGUGUGAUACGGGUGACUAUUCUGAAAGUAUUCAUUUUACUUGAAUGCCAAGAACCUUUCCAGAAGAAAACCUGUUGAAUUCAAGUGUUAAAAUUUUAGAUCAAAAAGGAGGCAAGUGGUUUCAUAAUCAACAGUGGACAAUGUAUACUAAGACCUGAGGCAUAAGAAUUUGCUGAAAGCAUUUUUAGCUUUGAAAUCUCCAAAUGAAACUUUAAAAAAUUAUUUUGGUUUAUCCCAAAAUGAUGGAAAAUGUCCAGUUGUGUUUUGUAAACACAUUAUUCAUCUUUUAGUGAACACUUCAAUUGUCUUUACUUUGGGGGGGGAGGGGCGGGUAGUGAGGACACAAAUUUGAUAAUCCACGUAUCUCCUAUCGCAAGAGGUGGUGAGUUAGCUGCAAGAGAAAGGGGCAAGUGAGGCAGGCCUGGCAGUUCCCUUACAUAAGUUUUAAAAUCUGUACUGCAGUUUACAAUUAUUCUUAAUGCUUCAACAUGUAUUUUGGGGCAGUUUUGCAUGAUGAUGAAAAAGUAUUGUCAUAUUGCUAUAUUUACAUUGACUUUUUAAAGACAAGUUAGUGAUUGCUUUUUAUAGGGGAGCAGGGGGAUUUUCACUGUAAAUUUAACUUGCAUUUCAUGUGCAGGUAUUUUUAAUGCCCUAAAUCAAACUAUAAAUAAGUGAAGAAAAAUUACUUCCACCACACUGUUGUAUAUUUACUUUAAAACAAUAUUCCCAGUAUGUGUGCAGCAUGAAAAAAGUAUUAGUGCUUCUCAGUGUUCUGAAUAUAACUGCUCUUUAUACACAGGAUAUUUUACACACUACUUUCCUUUUCCAUUUUAUAUCAUCUCAUAACUUUUGAAACAUCGAGUUACACAAUCUGAAUACUUCAUGAUUAAGUACUGGCAGCCUGUGAAAUACUAGAUUUUUAUCUUAUGGAUGUUCUAAAACAAGGAAAAGGAGUAUUCCAGGGUAUUAUCUUAAGUUCUUCGGUUCUGUGAGCCAAAAUCUUCUAUUUUGGGACUGCAAGGGAUGACGACUUGAGGGAAAUGUUAAUAAGCAAAGUAACACUGCGUAUUGCCAUUUUAAUUUAUUUUUCUAUUGAAGCAAAGUUAGGGAGUUGCAGGUGUAUGUGUGUGCUUUUGUUAGGUGGCCCAGUAAAGCUGUGUUGAGAUCUACCUGAACUAAUAAGUUUUGUUUCUUAGACGUUUGCUCCAACUGAUACUAUUUAAAAAAAAAAAAGACCAAACAAACUCUAACAACACUAAACUGUGUUGGACAGUUCAUAAUUAGAUUGUUUAAAAGGGUCGAUCCAGGCUGUUUUUUUGGUCUUAAGUUUAUUAGCAAAUGUAAGACACAUCUAUAUCACUAUCAGUUUUAAAAGUGGGUUUUCCUUUGAUAUUUAAAACUGUGAAAAUAUCUACAUUUGAUGGCUAUAGGAACCGAAACAGUGUCCUUAUUAAUGACUUUUUUACUGUAGAAAUUCCAUGUUUUUCAAAGUACUGUUAUGUUAAACCCAACAUCAGAAAACACCUCUCAGUUAAGUGUAUCAUAGUAUUAAACAGACCACUGACUUUUAGCCUCUGGGAAAAUGUUAUGGCCCUUCACAGUAAAAAUAAUAAAACUAAAGUUUUAUAAGGCUAGAAAUCAGGUAAUGUUACAUAAACUUACCACUUAGUGUACACAUACACUAUUUUUGUCAUCGAUUGGGAAUUCCAAGGUGAAAUGUCCUUCAGUCACGUAACUCGAAUUUAAUGUACUAUUUCUUCUCAGAUAUUGGAUGGUUUAUCAUCUAGACUAUUUUUAUUUAUAUAGUAAAACAAACAAAUAGUCCUGUUUAUCUUGUUACACCUGAAAGAGUGCACAUCUGUGUAGGUUCAUUUAGAUCCAUCUCAGUAUUCAAAUUAUACUAUAUAGCCCUAUAAAAUAAAUAUUUUGUCUGCUUUUACAACAAAAAACUCCCAAGUCUGUUUCAGUUUAUGAAUUCAGCACUUAGGAAAAGAGACUGUGACUCCCAAAUAGUUUGAAAUAAAAAGAAAGAAUACUGAGGAAGGAGAAGCCCCUUUUUCUCUUGGGGUUGUGGAGAGUGGAGAAUCCUUUUCAAUGUUUUUCUAUUUAGUGUUCUAAAUACUAAAAAUUCUAAUUUUGUGUCAAAGUGUAAUUCUCAUGCUGAAGCUCUAGGCAUAAAAGCAGAAAGUUGUCUUCAUAGUACAAACAUUCACCACUUUCACAAUAUAAGCAAAUAAUGGCACAAAAAGUAGUCAAGAUGAGUGAGAAUACUAUUCCAAUGAAUGUGCUCUAAAUAAAACCACAGAAUGGUUAACUUUAGGCAUCUAGAAAAUCUCAGUACCCACUACAAAGGUAACCUCUGGCUGGUUCACCUUGAGAAAGUCUGACAUUAAUUCAUGCUGGCCUAGGGUAAGCUAAGUGUGAGUGAUGGCAAGCUUUGCUUUUAGACAAGUCCGUGACCAUAGAGAUAAAGUCAACACUUUUUUUUUUUUUUAAGACAGUAAGCCUUUAAAGUAUUACCCGACUGGUUCAGAAGUUACUUCUUACUACCUAAACAUUUACCUUCCAGUUUUACCCAAGUAUUAAGGAUUGGAAAAAAGUGUAUUAUAUGUGAGGGCCACUUUGUCUACCAAAAUGAAUCUUCAGUGUUUUUUCUUUCAGGUGGUGGUAAAUAUUGUUUUAACUCUAAAAAAAAGAUGUUCCCUUGUGUUUCACUAAUGCUUAAAGCAUUUCCAGCAAAAGGAAGGCAGAAGUUGAAAAUUAAACAAUUUGCUACUUGGGAAUAAAGGGCUUUUUGAAGGGAAUAGGGGCGUUUAAUAUUUUCAUUCUACACCUAUCCCAGGCUGUUGUUUCUUUGGAAGAAUACUUUUAAAUAACAGCAGUAUUCCUAAAAUCUGACAAGCAUUUCAAUUAUAUGCCAUUCCCUAUCCCCCAUACCAGUGGUCAAAAUCUUUACAAUGUGUACUAGGCUCAGUUAAGUUCUUCAUUUCGAACUAAAUAUGUAUUUACUUGCCAUCAUAUAGUUGGGCUUGACCUACAAACAAAAUCUGAUGUCCUGCCUAUAAAUAAAGCAUUCUAUUUUUAUCAAUUUGUAUGCCACCCAUUUGUAUUCUUUUGUCUCAAUAAAUAUUUGGU